AUGGCGAGAACGGUUGCAAGGAAUUUGGCGGCGCCGUUGCUGUUCUUGAAUUUGAUUAUGUAUUUCAUUGUGUUGGGAUUUGCUAGCUGGUGCCUGAAUCGGUACAUCAACGGCCAGACUGCUCAUCCAAGCAUGGGCGGCAACGGAGCGACGCCUCAUUUCCUGUCGUUUGCGAUACUUGCUAGUGUUCUAGGAAUAGUCUCGAAGAUUGCUGGUGGGAGCCACCUCCGGGCGUGGAGGAAUGACAGUCUCGCCGCCGCUGGCUCAUCUUCCAUCGUGGCGUGGGCUGUCACCGCCCUUGCUUCCGGUUUGGCUUGCAAGGAAAUAAACGUAGGAGGGUGGAGAGGGUGGAGGCUGAGGGUGCUGGAAGGCUUCGUGAUAGUGCUAGCGUUUACGCAACUGCUCUACGUCUUGCUCCUUCACGCCGGCAUCUUUAGCAGCAGUUACGGCCCGGGCUACAGGAAUCACGAUUACGGCCUUGGAGGUCCGGGGGCUGAGCCUGUGCCACCCAAGGCCACCGGCGUUGGAAUUUGAGUUUAGCUGUACAAUGCUGUGAUCAGUUGUUAAGUCUCUUCUUUUUUUCUUCUAAUUAUGUAGUAGUUUUGUGUUCUUGCAUGUGUAUUUUUGGUUGUGAAUUACGUUGCUUUA